CGCGCGCAGUGGGCGGGGCCCGCCCACGGCUCUCUUGCCCCUCUUUGCAAAUUCCGCGCGGUGUCGCGAGACUCGCUCUGUCCUAAACUUCCGGCUUGGGUCCGCCUCCGCAGUGGCGGCUUCGCGAUGCGGUCCCGUCUUCUGCUGAGCGCUGCUCGCUGUCUUUGGGCCCGCGGGGCUGUUGCUCCGGCCCGCCGGCACAUGAGCUGCGAUAGGCUUCAGCUGGAAGAGCUUUUCGCUCGCGGCGGGCCCUUGCGGACCUUUCUGGAGCGACAGGCCGGGUCUGAAUCCCAGGUCAGGGGACCUGAGCUGGUGGCCAUAGCCAAACUGCUAAGCGAGAGGGAGCAGGAGCUGCGGGAGACCGAGCACUUGUUACAUGAUGAAAAUGAAGACUUAAGGAAACUUGCAGAGGAUGAAAUAGCUUCGUGUCAAAAAGAAAUAGCUCAGUUGAAGCAUCAGAUUAUCUUACUUUUGGUUCCCUCAGAAGAAGCAGAUGAAAAUGAUUUGAUCCUGGAGGUAACUGCAGGAGUUGGGGGUCAGGAGGCAAUGUUGUUUACUGCAGAGAUAUUUGAUAUGUAUCAGCAAUAUGCUGCAUUUAAAAGGUGGCAUUUUGAAACCCUGGAAUAUUUUCCAAAUGAAAUAGGUGGCCUUAGACAUGCAUCUGCCAGCAUUGGGGGUUCAGAAGCCUACAAGCACAUGAAAUUUGAAGGAGGUGUGCACAGAGUGCAAAGAGUGCCAAAGACAGAGAAGCAGGGCCGCAUCCACACCAGCACCAUGACUGUGGCCAUAUUACCCCAACCUACUGAGAUUAAUCUGGUAAUUAAUCCUAAAGAUUUGAGAAUUGAUACUAAGCGAGCCAGUGGAGCUGGGGGGCAGCAUGUAAAUACUACGGACAGUGCUGUGAGGAUAGUCCAUCUUCCAACAGGUGUUGUUUCCGAAUGCCAGCAAGAGAGAUCUCAACUGAAAAACAGAGAGAUGGCGAUGAAAAAGUUACGUGCAAGACUAUACAGCAUGUAUCUAGAAGAAGAAACAAGUAAAAGAUACAGUGCUAGAAAGAUUCAGAUUGGAACUAAAGGAAGGUCAGAGAAAAUAAGAACAUAUAAUUUUCCACAGAACCGGGUUACAGAUCACAGAAUAAACAAGUCACUUCAUGAUCUGGAAACUUUUAUGCAAGGAGAGUAUCUACUUGAUGAACUUGUACAGUCAUUGAAAGACUAUGCUGAUUAUGAAUCUUUAGUAGAAAUUAUUUCCAGAAAACUUUAAAUCAAUUUGUCAUUAAAGAUUUUCAUAGCUUAUGAAAAUUCUACAACAGCAAAUCAUAUUGUAUGUAAAUAUUAACUGGUAUUCUCUUGAAAAACAUGAGUUAACACAAUAAGAAUAUGCAUAUUUUUAAGAUACAGAUAACUUGUAUAAGUCUUCUCUCAUUGUAUUAAUAAAAAAACACUAUAUAACCAUGA